UGCGUUAUGUGCCUAGCUAAGCAUGGUGGAAAGCUGUCCACUCUCAUUGUCUUUCUCCAAAAAUAACAACUCUCAAUUCCAACCUCUUCAACUUCCAUCUUCCAUCUUCCAUCUUCCAUCUUCCAUCUUAUGCCCACUAAAUUCUCUUCUCUUUCACCUUCACUUCAAUUACUUCAAUUAAGUUGAGACUUCCAUCUUCCACUACUAUUUUCAAACUCUCUCUCUCACACACACUAUACCAUUCCUUUUCUCGCUCCCUCUUUCUCUUUCACUACAACUUUCCCGAUUCUGUAUCAACUCUGCUUCAGUUCAGCAUCCUUACAUCCUCUCUAUCUUCCACCUAUUUGAUUUGUUUUCUUUUCUUCCAUUUUCUUUCUAUCUUCUCACACCUUGUUCCUUUCCACUUCUUUUCUCCUCGAAUCUAAUCCUUUUGGUCUCUAUAAAAUCGAAGAGCUUCAUGGACUCGUUGCUUUAAGAGACUGAAUUCGUGUCCUUCUCUGUUGGGUAAUGUAAAAAAAAAAAAACAAUGCUUUUUCAGCUGUUGCCUUUCUGCUCAAUCCGAAAUUCAAGCUACAAACUUACCAUAGCGAAUUAGCAUCACUGUUGGGACACUGUUCGGGAGUCAAUUGUUGUUUGGUCGUGUUUAAUUGUCUUGCACCUGACCUGGUUCUGUUGCAUGUGAUGGAAUCUUGGAGCUAUGUCCCUGAAGAAAAGGAGUGUGUCUCCAAUGAGGCACUCUCACCUCCCAACACUCUCGGGAGGAGUAAAAAUUCUUUCUUGGGCUGGGAACUCAAAACCCCAUGUGGUUUUUCCAACGACAUGUUGGGUUUGGGUCACCACAGCAUUGAGAAUCAAGGUUUUGAGGAAUUGGGUUUUCCUGAAAUGUUGGGAAAACACAUGUCCGAUGAUCUAAUUGGGAGUGUUCCAACCAGAAAGGUGAAUGGUAAUAGACAACAACAACACAGUGACAGAAUCACUGGCACUGUUGUGGAUGCCCCAAGUGGGUUUUCUCAAAGAGGGGACUCAAAUUCAAAGCUUUCAAACUCAAAUUCCCUCAUUGAUUUGAAGCUGGGUCGAUUUGCUGACCAUGGAGAUUUCACUGAUCGGGCGUUUUCCAAAGUUUUGUCUUCUUCUGAGUCAUCAACGCCUCCUAAGAGAGUGAGAGCUUCAGGGUUGCACUCUCAGACUGCAUAUUGCCAAGUCUAUGGCUGCAACAAGGAUCUCAGCUCCUGCAAGGACUACCACAAGAGGCACAAGGUCUGUGAGGUUCACUCCAAGACUGCCAUUGUUAUAGUCAAUGGCAUUGAGCAAAGGUUUUGCCAGCAAUGUAGUAGGUUUCAUUUGCUGGCUGAAUUUGAUGAUGGUAAGCGGAGCUGCCGAAAACGCCUUGCAGGUCAUAAUGAGCGUAGAAGAAAACCACAAAUGGGUAUUCACCCAGGAAAGUCUGGGAGGUUGCUUCAGCCAUGUGGGGAUAGCAGAUUCCAGGGAUCCAUGCUAACUUCAUCUUUUAUCUGCCCAGAGAUGCUUCCAAGUGGGGUCACGUGUUCUGAGAAAUAUGGUAUGAGUGACUUUUGGAGACCUAUCAAAGCAGAACACGGGACUGGUUUUAGGAAUCUUUCCUCUAUGGCUGCAACCAAUGGACAUCCUCCAUCAAGAUCUUUAUUUCCAUCAUAUAACGGAAAUCAAUUUCCUUUUCUUCAUGAAAACAGUGCUACAUCCACCACAGGAAGCAUCUUCUGUGAGAGCAAUAGCCCCUAUCCAUCUGCCCUUGGGGCCCAAAAUUCUGGGUUGAGACCACUAUUCCAGGACACUGUAGGAAAUGAGAACUUCAAUGUUUUUGAUACCUCAUCAACUGUUCAAGGAUUGUCGGGGAUUUCAGACUCUUGUUGUGCUCUCUCUCUUCUGUCAUCUCAAUCCCAGAACUCUUCAAGCCAAUCAUCAGGAAUUCCCUUGGCUCACUCCUUGGUUAUUCCAAGCAGUCAUAGCCAUAACUACAACAUGAGUCAGGUCUCUGAAAAGAUAGGAAUAAGCUCACAGACUUCUUCAAGCCGAGUGUCAGAUAGUUUUCCAUCAGAACUAAAUCAUGCAGAUGGAAGUCAUCUCAGUCCUGUAUUAAUAUCAGACAAUAAUUGUAUUGUAAACUUUGAUAUGGCAGAUGGUAUCUUCCAAGCUUCAGAUUACUUGAAUGUAAAAGAUCAUCUUUCCGGUGAAGAUGGUGCAACCAUUGACUUACUACAAUUGUCAUCACAGCUUCAGCGAGUUGAGCAUGAGAGGCAAUCCUUGCAGGUGAAGCAAGAGAAUGAUUCUUCUUGCACUCUGCGGAUUACAUAAAGUGCUUUUGGAAGAGGAAACAAAUUGUGCAAGCAUGUGACAGACACGCCUACGCCUAUCAUCUUGGACAUUGUAGGGCACAGGGAAAUAGAAACUUCAAAUGGUGCCAUUCUCAUCUGUUGCUAACUAUUUAAAAUAGCUUGCUUGUGCUGAUUCGGUUCAAGAACUUGUCUGCAGAAUAACUGAUCUACUAAACACACUAGGCUAUAUCUAUGAUAUUUGUUGGGACACAAAUGUCCCUCUCAGUGUUCAUAUAUCCAAAUGGAUGUAAUAAACAAAAAGCCUUAGAUGUAUCAAAAUGUGUUCUUCAUGGCAUAAACACUUCAAAUCAGGGCCAUUGUUUACUAGAAUUUACGUUCGAUUAAGUGACAACUUUGGUAAUGACUUUUUGUCGUACUGAAUUAUUAAUUAUUAAUACUGCAUGGGGUAUUGUAAAAUAAGGACAAACUUUAGGUGUAA